UCUAUUCCCCCCCCCCCCCUUCCUAUUAUUCGAAAGAAAAAAUCUCCGUACAUAAUCUUCCAAAAUUUCCCCGGUAACGAGUGUAGCUCAUCACUAUCGAACCCAAACUUACCUUCUUCCCUCUAAAACGUAAAAGGCAGAUAGAUCACUGAGAAUCCUUAGAACAGAAACAAAGACGAAGUUAAACACUCUAGCUACAGCUCCAUGAAGGCCAUGGCAGCCAUGAUGAGCAUGCCACCACCACCACCUUCAUCUUCUUCGCCGUUGGCAAGUCAGUCGCUGUCAGUACCAUCAAGGCAGGCAAGCAACCUCCCAGUCCUCACAAUCCCGGGAUCCCACGGCUGGCCUUUGGUAGGACCAAUCUCCGACCGUCUAGACUACUUCUGGUUCCAGGGACCCGACACCUUCUUCCGGUCAAGAAUGGAGAAGCACAAGAGCACCGUUUUCCGUACGAAUGUUCCCCCGAGUUUCCCUUUCUUCCUCCGAGUGAACCCCAAAGUCAUCGCGGUCCUUGACUGCAACUCCUUCGCUCAUCUGUUCGACAUGGAGGUGGUUGAGAAAAAAGAUGUCUUGGUUGGGGAUUUCAUGCCUAGCACCAGCUACACCGGAGAUACCAGAGUUUGUGCUUAUCUUGAUACCGAAGAGCCGAAACACGGCCAGCUCAAGAACUUUGCUUUAGACAUCCUGAAGCGUGGCUCCAAGGUGUGGGUGGAGGAACUCCAAGCCAACCUGGACGUAUUCUUCGACACCAUUGAAUCCGACAUCUCCAAAAACGGCUCCUCCUCCUUCCUCUCACACCUCCAAACCUUCCUCUUCAACUUCCUCAGCAAGUCCCUCGUCGGAGCCGACCCUGCCCUCGAUCCUGGCGUCGCCAAUUCAGGUCCCUUGUCGAUCGACCUAUGGCUCGGCCUCCAACUUCUCCCCACCGUCCCUAUCCUAGCUUUUCAGCCCCUGGUUGAGAUAUUUCUUCACUCCUACACCUACCCUUUUGCACUCGUAAGUGGAGGCUAUAGAAAACUCUACAGCUUCAUCGAGCAGCACGGUAAAGAAGUCGUUCAGCUCGGCGAAAAAGAGUUCGGCCUUUCGAAAUCCGACGCCAUCCACAAUUUGAUCUUCACCCUCGGCUUCAAUGCGUAUGGUGGUUUCUCCGUUUUUUUACCUACAUUGUUAGGCACCAUAGCUAGUGAUAAAACCGGGCUACAAGCUAGGUUAAGAGACGAAGUGAGGAAAGUAUGUGGGACAUCAACAGGUCUGAGGUUCGACUUGGUUAAAGACAUGGAGCUCGUGAACUCGGUCGUUUAUGAGACGUUGCGUCUGAACCCGCCGGUACAACUUCAAUACGCUCGAGCCAGGAAGGAUUUUCAACUCACUUCUCAUGACUCUGUUUUCGACGUUAAGAAAGGUGAGUUGCUUUGUGGAUAUCAGCCUUUGGCCAUGAGGGAUGGUAAAGUUUUCGAAGAUCCAGAGAGUUUUAAACCAGACAGGUUUGUGGGGAAAGGGAAAGAAUUGCUGAAUUACUUGUUCUGGUCGAACGGACCGCAGACCGGGACCCCGAGUGAGACGAAUAAGCAAUGUGCAGCAAAGGAUUAUGUGACACUGUCGGCUUCGUUGAUUGUAGCUCACAUGUAUAGAAGGUAUGAUUCAAUCAGUGGGGAUGCUGGUUCAAUCACAGCCGUCGAGAAAGCAAAUUAGAAUCAGUAUUUAGGAGCACAGAGUAUCUCUGGACCAAUAUGUUCCUUUCUUCAAAUAAACUGGCUAAACUCUUGAGAUAACGUUCUCGAAUAAAUUAAUUCACGAGAUAAUGCACUCCU